CUGUGCAGGUGUUUGCAGUGGACUGGAGUCCCGAUGGGCAGAGAGUGGUCAGUGGAGGAAAGGACAAAUGCCUCAGAAUAUGGAGGAGAUAGCCACACACGUGCUGUCUUUCCUCCUGACGAAAAUGAGACGUCACAACUCGUGCUGUCAGUUUGCCUGACAGCUGGAGCAAAGGGUGACCAGAAUAUAUUUAAUCCUCCGUUUGCCUUCAUAGCAGCAUCUGUCAACGAUGACAUGGUGUCAAGUCAGGUGUAG